AAAAGAUACUGACGCUCGCGCGGGUGGAGACUGCUACACAUUUAAAUCCCCCGGGUCGGUUUUUCAGCGAUUAACCACCUUUAACUUUUCCUUUUUUAUUUUCUUUGUAGUGUCGGAUUCUUCAGAGCUGUUUUAAUGUCGUAAAUGGCAGGUCUGUAAGGGCGUCGUUGUUGGGAAGUUUUGUUAGAGGGGGGGUUUUGACCAGCAGCGCGGGGCCAUGGCAGUCGAGGCUCGGCCGGAGCUGGUCGGGAAGCGGUUCCUCUGUGUCAGCGGGGACGAGCCGCCUCAAAUCGGCGACACUGGUCGGUGGCCGUGGAGGUCUGGGGUCAUACGAGCUGUAAACCAUCGUGACAGCGACAAUCCCGACUUGACGGUUUACGUGGAGUUUGACGACCAGGAGUGGGAGAAGAGAGAGUGGGUGAAGGUCUAUGAGGAUUUCCAGCUGUUUCUACUGGAGCACCAGCUGGUCUGGGCCAAGAGGAAGGAGGGAGCAGGGGGAGGAGGAGGAGGAGGGUCGGGAGGAGGAGCAGGAGGCCUGUCGCAGGGACCCAAGGCCAAACACAUACAGUGGCCUGCACUGUUGUUUAAGCCGGUGGUGGGGAAGAGCCUGUUGUCACCAGUAACAGCAGUAGAAUUCUUGUUGGACCGAAAGCUCGACUUCUUGUCGGACCAUUCAUCCUUCCAACCUUACCAGGAUGAGGUGGACAGUCAGAACCCCGUGCUGAGGGACAACCACCAGCUCCAUGAAGAAGUAAAGAACUGGCUCAAAGACCAGAAGGUGCAGGAAAUUUUUAUGCAAGGUCCUUAUUCAUUGAAUGGAUACCGCGUGCGUGUGUACAGACAAGACUCGGCCACCCAGUGGUUCACUGGAAUCAUUACACACCACGACCUCUUCAGUCGAAACAUGGUCGUUAUGAAUGACCAGGUGCUAGAGCCUCAAAACGUGGAUCCGUCUAUGAUCCAGAUGACCUUUCUGGAUGACGUUGUUCACUCUUUACUAAAAGGAGAAAAUAUUGGUAUCACAUCCAGGCGGAGGUCACGAUCGAGCCAGAACAACAACACUGCCCACAUGGCGGGAGGGAGACCCGGCGGGACCACUGGCAACACUCAGAGUCAUUACACGCGAGCCCAAGCCAACAGCCCCCGCCCGAUAAUGUCAUCGUCAGGCCCUAACCCAAAAGGCUCCCAGGGGACCCUGGCCUCCCAGCAGCAGAGCCAAUCACAGCAAAGCCAGCAAACUGCCAGCCAAUCACACAACUCACCCAGCGGCAGUGGGCGGGAGCAGAGGGAACAGCGCAGCUCUCGCUCCUCCAGGAGGAAAGGAUCUGAUAGCAGCGUUCCAGAGGAGGACAAGGACAGGAGAGAAGAGACCACAGGGAGAGAAUCAAAGUCAAAAGCCAAGCAGGCGCUGAACAAACGCAGGAAGGGCGAGGAAGACGAGAAGAAGGCAGGCCUGAAGAGGCUGAAGACUGACAUGACUUCAGACCUGUCUGAGAGCAGCGACUCUGAAAACCCCCACAACAAGAGGAUCGCCCACUCGUCCUGCUCCUCAUCCUCUUCAUCCUCCUCAUCGUCCUCUUCCUCCUCCUCUUCCUCGUCGUCGGAGCCGAACUCUGAGAACGAGCUCAAAACUCGCAGCAGUGACGUAAAACCAGGCAGUGUUUCCAAAAAGGAGGAGGACGAGAAGCCGCUGAAGCAGAGCCCAAAAAUGAAUGAUUCCUCUUCUCUCAUUGGUCGGCUGUCACCUUGGGCAGAGCUUCAGGCAGCAGAGGACAACAAGAAGGGUGUUGUUAAGGAAACGGCCAAAUUGAUAUCAAAGGAGGAGGAGGAAUUAGUUGCGGUAACACAAAUCACCCAGUCGCCACGGCAGCAGAUGUCUGAUUCAGUCCAGGGCAGCAUCAUGGAGAGCAGCAAGAACACUGUGAAAGCAUCAUCUCUAUCCCAGACGCCGUCGCUGUCCAGUCUCCACAGCAGUACUGUGAUCGACAUCACAGAUGACGCUCAGGCGACGGUACACCAGGAGAGCUCAGAGGCUGUGUCAGCUCUGCUUGCCUCUGAGAAGGCCGAGUCCACGUCCCUCUCACCAUACCUCCCCCUCAACCCCUCUCCUGUGUCCUCCCCUCCAGUCCCUCCGUCUCCCUGUCCGUCAGAAGGAGGCCGCAGGACGGACAGUGAGCCUCCCAUGCAGCAGCAGCAGAGUAUCAUGGGAGGUGGCAUGACAGCAGCCAGGAGUUUAAGCAACAAGAUCGAGUUUGCUGCCUCAGAGGUCAUCAGGCCUGUCACAUCGAUAGCUGAGAAUGUUGUUCUGGUCGAGAAGGAGAAACCUGUCCCCCCUCAUCAUCAUCUUCAUCAUCAUCAUCAGCCGCAGCAGCAUCAGCAGCACGCACAACACCAACAACACUAUCCCUCUAUUCACCCCAGCAUUAAGAGCCCGUCUCUCUCUGAAGAGGCGAGAAAACGCCAACAGCAACAACAACAACCUCCCCCUCUUAAGAUGAACACAACCCUCCCUCCUGACUUGUCCAAAUCCAAAAUGAGUGCCAGCCCUAACCCGGCUCAGCUCGACCCUCUGAAACAGAAGCUCCCCCACCCCAACAACUCUCAAUGCCACCUCUACCCCAACACAAAUCCAUCUGAUUCUCUCAAGGCUAAGCCCCAUCCGGGCCUGCUAGACAUCUCAAAACCUAAACCCAACACCUCCCCAGAGGUGUCAAAACAUAAAAUACCGAGGUAUUCGGACACAUCCCCGCCUCCUUCUGGGAGUUUGUCCUCAAAAGUAGAGAUAGAACCUCCUCGGUCUGGUUUUAAGCCGGUGCCGGUGCGGUCGGACUCUGGGAGCACAAGCAGCACCAAGAGCCCACUGAUUAUCGACAAGAACGAGACCUUCACUGUUUACAGGGACCCAGCACUGGUCCGCUCAGACGCAGAGAACUCUGCCUCCGCCAACCACGUGGCAGCCUACCUUCACCCCCACCUGCACACCCUCCACUCCCCUUCGCCUCACUCCCCCUGCCUUACCCCUGCAUCCCACCCACACGCCGCCUCCCACCUCCUGGCACCCCCUCACACCUCUGCCCUACCUCACCCACACCUGUUACCGCCGGGAGUGCUCCCAGCCAUGCCUCCUCCAGGAGCGUCUCUCCUCGGGGGUCACCCUCGACUUGACUCCCCCGGUGGCUUGGGUCACCUCACCCUGCCUCACCCUGCAGCCGCACACCAGCAGCAGUUCUUACAGGGUCAGGGUCCUCCUCCACCCCCACUACUUGCACAGGCUCACAGUGGGGCAGCAGGACUGGGACUCUACCCCAUCAUCUGGCAGUACCCUAACGGGACACCAUCCUCCUACCCGCCUGGACUCAACCUACCCCCUACAGCUAAGUGGGUCCACCCUGAAAACCCUGUUACCGUGAACUCUGAGGCCACUCUCAGGAGGAACACAGCCAGUCCAUGGCUCCACCAGACUGCCGGUGCUGCUGGUGACAGUCUGGGUCUGCUGAGCCACGUUCCUGUCCGGCCAGCCAGUGCCGACCCUCACCGCCCCACAGUCAAGAUCAACACGCACACAAGCCCUCCACUUUCAAAGGCCAACAUGGACAUUCAUAAGGAAGACAUGGAUAAGAAAGGCUUUGUGGACCCGAUCAGGACGUUGACGUUGGCCCAGCUGAAGCAGGAGCAGUCAGAUCGGAGUCGAACCCCCACAGGGAAAGAUGUCCAUCUACACCGCCUCUACCUGGACCCCCACAGCAAGGCUCGCCUAGCAAAUACACAGGAGGCAGUGCAGGCAGCAGAGCGAGCCAGUAAAUACAAAGAGGAGAAUCGUCAGAUCCUGAAAGAGAGCAUCGAGGUAGCUCCCUUCACCGCUAAGAUCCAGCGCUCCAGUGAUCCUGUGAUUGACAGAGACAGAGAGAGAAGCAGAGACCCAGCAUUCCCAGUUCGGAUACCAGCCCUUGCCUCCCCAAGCCCCAAAGCUGGCCACGCCCACCCUCACGUCAUCCAAUCAGAAAAGAGCAACUACUUCACCACACUCUCCAACAGUGUAGUGAAUGAGCCUCCAAGACUUUACCCCUCCAAGGAGCUCAGUUCGUACUAUGAGAAAGUUUCUGCAGGAACUCCAGGGGUUGUGGCCAGUGUGGGGGCCGCCAUGCCAGGCCAGGGGGCCCUGACGUUGGGAAGCUACAGCUCCAAAGCCUCGCUGUCAAAGCCCCCUCCUCUAAUCAAGCAUCAGCCAGAGGGAGGGGAAGGCUUAGCUGGGAAGAUCACAGAGCAGCUGAGUCAGCAGGUGACUCUGGUCCAGCAGCAGCAUCAGCACCACACGGGCAUGGAGAGGAUAGAGCGCCGCAGCCCUGCCAUUUCUCCUUCCUCCUCUUCAUCCUCCGCUUACUCCUCAGCCCCUAACCACCACCAUCACCACCACCACCACCAACAGCAACAGCAGCUCCAGCUCAGGGCAAUGCCAUCCCUCCACCGAGCGCCCGUCUUCCAUCCACCCACCCAGCACGCCCUGGAACGCAAAGAGGCUGCAGAGAGGGAGAGGGAGCGCGAGAAGGAGCGGGAAAGAGAAAGAGAGAGAGCAGGAUACGGUGGCCGCCUGUCUCCACCCACACUAACACCUAUCCAGCCGGUUAGCUUAGCUGCUUCUGGUAACAAAACAUCAGCAGAGCAGCAAAAGCCCCCCACGCUGCUGCCUGAACUCAGGGACAUCAAAGGUCAUGGAAACAUGGCGGCUGUCACCUCUGUGGCCUCAGUUAUCAGCGGGGAUGUUUCGACAGAUGGGUGGAGAGGAGGAGAGAUGAUUCAGGAAAGAGGCUCAUUCUCUGGGGAGAAAGUUGUAUCAAGGAGCAAGCCUCAAGCAGCGAUGGCAUCAGUCAUUGUGCGGCCAUCAACAUCUAUGAAGUAUGACAGUCUAAUUGGUGCUAACAAAUCUGGUGCUAUGAUCCACAAAGAGCUCCCCCAGGGGAGGUUCUACCAAUCCAAGCUUCAGGGCGAAGGCUCCAGAGUAGCGGAAAGUGUCAGAGAUCCUGGAGCCGGCAGGGUAAUCCAGCCCAACUCAAAUCUGGAUGACGUGUGUCUCCAGUAUAAAAAGGCUAAUGCACGUGGUUCACAGGGAUCUGUGGGAGCUGGAACAAUGAACUCAGUGUGCAGGACUGCCAUUUCAGGUGCUUCAGCUUUUGGUAUGCAGAUUAAAAGUGGCACAUCCAUUCCUGAGCCAGGCUACAUGAUGUCAUCUCGGGGAGACAUUUCGACCCACAAAACUGGUGGCUGGGUGCUGAGCCACUCAGGACCAGUAGAGUACCAGGAGGGGUUAGGCUCACGCACCACAUCUCCAGGGGGGUCACUGCCUCCCCCGAGUCCAGCAGGGACACCCCAACCCAGCCCAAGCCUCACCCCAACACCAAGCUCCAUGUCCAGCUCCAGUCAGCCGUACUCCUCCUCCUUUGUCCACCUGAAGAAGCACAAAGCUGCCUUAGCUGCAGCACAAUCUAGGAGUAACUUCUCUCCUGCAGUGUCAUCCAUCACAACUGCAAAUUCCACUGUGGAUUUAACUGACAAACCCCCCUCUCACAGCUCACCUCCUCCGCCCUCCUCCAGCCAGGCGUCCUGUUCCUCCAUCGACAGCGGUAGCUGCAGCUCAGCAAGCGGGAGCACAACCCCGGGCAAAUCCAGCCCCCUGCCUAAUGGCCACACCUCCAGCUCAUCCUCCUCAAGCAGCGGACAGCCGAGUAACUAUCAUAAGCUGAAGAAAGCUUGGUUAACCCGGCACUCAGAGGAGGACAGGAACACCAGUGCUACAACCAGCUCAACCAGUUCAAAGACAGAGAAACUGCCCAGCACCACCAGCACCAGCACAAGUAACACCACCUCUAUGUCCGACAUGAUCAAACCCUGCACAGUCAACCUCAGCGCCUCCACCUCCAGCGAAGUGGAAAUGAGCAAAGAAAGUGCAAGCAAAGCUGAGAGAGAGAGGCAGCCGGAGGAGAAGUCAGGAGGAGCAGCAGCAGGAGGGGAGGAGAGGAAAGCAGCGCCGCCAUCGAGGCGAGGGAACAAACGGGCAUACGAGUCCGGCUCAGAGAGCGGGGGAGACGACUCUGACGCUAGUGAGAGCAAGAUGGAGGGCAGAGCCAAGCGGCAACCAAAACCCACCUACAAGAAGAAACAGAAUGAUAUGGCUAAGAAGAAAGGAGACAACGAUAAGGAAGAGGAUGACUUGAAGCCCAACGGCAUUUUCAGAUCAGCCAGAGAGAAGACUAAACUCAAACUGGCCAGCAGCAACGGCAUCCCUCGCUCCGUCCUGAAGGACUGGAGGAAGGUGAAGAAGCUGAAGCAGACAGGCGAGUCUUUCCUGCAGGAUGACUCUUGUUCAGAAAUCGGACCAAACCUGCAGAAGUGUCGGGAGUGCAGGGUGAUCCGCAACAAGAAGGGCGAGGAGCCGGCACAUUCCCCCGUCUUCUGUCGCUUCUACUAUUUCAGGCGGCUUUCUUACAGUAAAAAUGGAGUCAUCCGGAUGGACGGCUUCUCUGCCCCAGACCAGUUUGACGAUGAGGCCCUGUCCCUGUGGAUCCCUGGAGGGAUAGAUGAGGGCCACCUGGACCAAACCACAGCCAAGUACAUCCUCAGCUUCAUUGGAGACAAGUUCUGUCAGAUGGUUGUUACCGAGAACACGGCAGCCACCUGGAUCAAGAAGGAUGCCAAAAUGGCGUGGAAGCGAGCGGUGAGGGGAGUUAGGGAGAUGUGUGACGCCUGCGAGGCAACGCUCUUUAACAUCCACUGGGUCUGUCAGAAGUGUGGCUUCGUUGUCUGCUUGGACUGCUACAAGGCCAAGGAGAGAAGGAGCUCCAAAGAUAAAGAGCUGUACGCCUGGCUGAAGUGUGUCAAAGGUCAACCCCAUGAUCACAAACACCUGAUGCCUACACAGAUCAUUCCUGGCACAGUGCUGACAGAGUUGGUGGCAUCCAUGCACUCUCUCAGAGAAAAACACAAAAUCAAAUCCCACUGUCCCUGCACCAACAAACAGAACAUCCUCAGCAAACUACCAGCCACCAAUGGAGUCUCUCAGGUUCUGCAGAACGUCCUGAAUCACAGUAACAAACUGUCUCUCGUGAAGGCUGAGCCAGGCUCUCAGCAGAACUCUGACCAAGGAGGAACCAAAGCCGAGACCAAUGGAGGAGGGGGGAGCAGUCCAGGCAGCGACCCAGGAAGCUCCCCUGUCACCCCACCAGAGUCCCAGUCACCGCUGCACUUCCUGGCCGACCUGGCCGAGCAGAAAUCCAGGGAAGAAAAGAAAGAAAACAAAGAGUCAGUGCAUCUGGGUAAAAAUGUGAAGGAGGAUAAAGAGGGGGACAACCUGGAGGUCUUGCAGCAGUGUAAAACCACGUCGCUGGUGGCUAACAGCACAGAGCAGGGCUCCACACUCAGAGAUCUGCUCACCACCACUGCAGGGAAGCUGAAGCUGGGCUCUACUGACGCAGGGAUUGCCUUUGCACCAGUCUACUCUACUGCUUCACAGACUGGAAAAGGCGGGCGCACCAUGCCCAACAUCCUUGAUGACAUCAUCGCAUCAGUAGUGGAGAAUAAAAUCCCCGCCAGUCGGCAGAACAUCACCACCAAACUGUCUAUCAAGCAGGAGUCGAUGAAGCAGGAGUCAGUGAAGCAGGAGCCCAUCACGCAAGGCAGCAACAACAACAACAACAACAGCAGCCCGGCUCCUGCCAGCACUGAGGAUGUCAAACCAGACAAGAAGAAGCCAGCGUCUGUUACUGCAGCACCACAAGAAGAAUCAGCCAGUCAGUAUCCAGAUAUCCCCCACUGCUGGUUAAACAACAGACGGUUACUGUGGCUCAAAGAUCACAGGAACCAGAACAACUGGAAGCUGUUCAGAGAGUGCUGGAAACACGGACAGCCUGUGUUGGUGUCAGGGAUCCAUAAGAGACUAAACAUCUCUCUGUGGAAAGCUGACUCCUUUAACCAGGAGUUUGCUGAUCACCAAGGAGACCUCCUGAAUUGCAAAGACCAGGUGGUGUCCAACUCUGGGAUCAAGGAGUUCUGGGAUGGAUUUGAGGACAUCAACAAACGGCCCAAAUCCAAGGACGGAGAGCCGAUGGUGUACAGACUGAAGGACUGGCCCUCUGGAGAGGAGUUUAUGGCCCUCAUGCCCUCAAGAUAUGAUGACUUGAUGAAGAAUCUGCCUCUGCCUGAGUACUCUGAUCCCGAGGGAAACCUCAACCUGGCCUCCCACCUGCCCUCGUUCUUUGUCAGACCAGAUCUGGGGCCCAGACUGUGCUGUGCCUAUGGUGUAGCUGCGUCUCAGGACCAGGACUUUGGGACUGCCAACCUCCACGUGGAAGUCUCAGAUGUGGUCUCUGUUCUGGUUUAUGUCGGAGUAGCCAAAGGCAACGGAGUCCUGUCUAAAACUGGAGUGUUGAAGCGUCUGGAGGAGGAGGAUCUUGAUGAGGGGGUUCGAAAGAGGCUGAAAGACUCCAGUGAGACACCGGGGGCACUGUGGCACAUCUACCUCAACAGAGACAUGGACAAAGUGCGAGAGUUCCUGCACAAGGUCUGUAAGGAGCAGGGAUUGGAUGUUUCAGCUGAUCAGGAUCCAAUCAGAGAGCACGGCUUGUACCUGAGCAGGAAGCAGCGACAGCGGCUGCUUGAUGAACAUGGAGUUCAGGGCUGGACCGUGGUUCAGUUCCUGGGAGACUCUGUACUGAUACCUGCGGGGGCCAUGCACCAGGUGCAGAACCUCCACAGCUGUGUUCAGGUCAUCAACGACUUUGUGUCUCCUGAACACGUGGCCAACUCGUUCCACCUGACUCAGGAGCUGCGGCCAAACAAAGAGGAGGUCAACUAUGAAGAUAAACUACAGGUGAAGAACAUCCUGUUCCACUGUGUGAAGGAGGCGGUGAGCUCCCUGAAGAGAGGCAGCUCAGAGGACGACGACGAGGAGGAGAACUCAUGACAGCCCCUCGGCCUCCUCUACGCCUUCAGAGAGGGACACGCCUCCCGCCGGCACCUGGCUCACCCCGCAGACUGUGUGAGCUCUCCAGGUGGCACCCAGCGAGGCACACCCACCUAUAUCACCACCCAGAACCUUCAGUGCCAAGAGGAGAAAAAAACCCUAACCGUGAGGCUCUGCUGAGCUGACGGGGAUUAAACCAGAUCACCACCAUCACCUCAUCUUUGUGUUUGACGGACUCACAGCACAAAGAGGACACGGGCAGCCUUAAAACGCCACUACGCUGCAGUCAAAGUGCACUACAAGCCUCCUCCAAACCAAACUCUCAUGUAGUCUGACUGAAGGUGCAGCCUGGUGCUCUAAACUACACUUCACAGGUUUGAUGGAGACGCUGUAAUCUGCUGUGGAUUAGAAAGGCCGGGAGGUUUAAUCCCCGUCUGCUGGGGCAGCAGCAGCCCCGCUUGGAUGGACGAUUUCGCCGAUCAUGACAGCAUCACCAGCAGCCAGCAGCAUCAGGACCCAAACUGUCAUCUCUGCUGUUAAAAAAAUGAAUAAUAAAAAAAAAAAAAAGAUGUGAGGGGAAAAAUGCAAAAGAAAAUCUCUCAGAUGUUUGAGCGAGCAAGCGUCGAGCUGUGCCGCUCCCUCGUUUAGUGUUCCUUCUGUAAUCUGUCUGUUCUCGUCCUUUCGUUCCACUUCUAUCUGUUGCUGUUUGACUUUUCUUUUUCAUACUGACGUUGUUUUAUUUCCUCUGUGAAGAUGUAUUUAUUUUAUAGCUCUAUGAUAUGCGAUGUUAUUGACAGAAAAAAGCAUUAAUGUAAAUGUGACCUGUACAGUUUCUGUUGUUUUCUUUGCUCUGUGAUUUUCAGUUGUUAUACGGCUCUACUGUGAUGGAGGACACAAACACAAACAUAAUGCCUGUAACUUUGGGAAAUGUCGAUGCUCUACAGUCCUCAUGCCAUACAAACAUUUUUGAAAAUGAACUGCCAAACUAUUGUAAAGACUGUAAAGUUGUAUUAUGUAAAGAAAGAACAAAAUGGCUUCUACUCCUCAGCAUUUUAUGAAAACAAAAGUAUUUGCUGUAAAAUGAAUACAUUUAGAAAAAAAGAUGUAAUUUAUUUAAGAAAAGAAUGAAUUGUCUUGUUUUUGUUUUGUUAAGAUUUACUAUGGUGAACUUUUGAAGUUAAAAAAGAAAUAAUGAAAAAGUUUACUAUAAUGUGUAAAUAUAUACAUAUAUACAUUCACUGAGGUAUUUUUUUAAAACAUGGCUUGCUUCAAUUUCAAAUUUUAAAGUGCAAGUGUUACAUGCUUUGUACAUUGAAGUUCAAAAGGGUUUUACAUUUUCCAUUAAAAUGGAUUUAU